GAGCCUGAAGCCAGCUCWGAGAGGAGAUCUUGGAUUUGCGGGAGGGAAGCUGCGUGUCCUCCCAUGUGUCAGAUCUACUUCUCCCUGAGGACAUCCAAGUGAAGGAAAUAGGUCAAGGGCAGCUUUUACAUUCCACCCAAAAGGCACCGCAGGUUGAGAUGAGGAAUUCAGAAGAGCAAGCAGCUACGACAGUUUUACAGCGCCUGCUGCAGGAGCAGCUCCGAUACGGAAAUCCAAAUGACAACCGCAACCUUCUUGCUUUGCAUCAACAAGCCACGGGAAAUGCCCCCCCUUUCAACAGCACUGGGAGUCCAGCAUCUCAGAACGAAGGGCUGAGCUCCCAGGACCACCAGCUAGUGACUCAUGCUGCCCGUCAGGAGCCCCAGGGCCAGGAGAUACAGGUGGACAACAGCAUCAUGGAGAAGCAGCUCUCCCCGCGCCUCCAGAACAGCGAAGAUCUCCCGACCUACGAGGAAGCCAAAGUACAGUCGCAGUAUUUCCGGGGCCAGCCGCACGCCAGCGUUGGGGCAGCAUUUUAUGUAACRGGGGUCACCAACCAAAAGAUGAGGACUGAAGGGCGGCCCACGGUUCAGCGUGUGAGCCCAGGGAAGGUCCACCAGGAUGAAGGACUUAAGGACCUCAAGCAAGGGCACGUCCGCUCCUUGAGUGAGAGGCUGAUGCAGCUCUCCUUGGCCACCAGUGGUGUCAAGGCCCAUGCGCCUGUCACGAGCGCGCCGCUCUCCCCACUUUCCCCGCUUUCUCCCCAGCAGUCAAGUGACCCUUACAAAAAUUCUGGUUCCAAUGAGUUCUACAAGAACUCGGUGCAGCCCCCUUCCCAGCCCAACCUCAAAGGGAUGGAGCAGCGGGGUCCUCCUCCCGAGUAUCCUUACAAAAAUGUGUCCACCCCAUCCAUGAACUGCAAACCUCAGGACUCAGGACAUUUCUAUAGCGAUCAUCGCAUGAGCCAGCAGGGAAGAUCUGAUGGUCCUAUGAUGAGGUAUCAGCAUCCYCCUGAGUAUGGGUCAGUCAGGCAAAACCCAGAUGUGCAGCUGCAGUUACAACAGAGACCACCUCACCACCACAGUCCAACUUCUUCCUUAACGUCCCUGGGAUCCUUGACCUUGCUCCAGUCUCCACCACCAUCCAGGCUAUCCCCUUCCCAGCACCAGCCACCCCUGACUCCGAGCCAGGGGGAUCCUGCCAUUCUGCCACGGACCCAGCAGCCCUUCUUGUCGAACCAAGUGCAUCAGGGAGAUUUGUACCGACUAUGUCAGCCCUUCCUAGGCCCGCAGCAGCAGCAAGGCGACUCCUAUUCUGUGAUGUCCAGGGCCCAGCAGAUCCCUUCCCCGUAUCAGCAGAUGCAAGUAGAUCCUUUUGCCAUAGUUUCCAGGGCUCAGCAGAUGGUAGAAAUCCUGUCAGAAGAGAACCGGUCUUUACGACAGGAGCUGGAUGGAUGUUAUGAGAAAGUAGCUCGGUUGCAGAAGCUGGAAACAGAAAUUCAGCAAGUGUCGGAGGCAUACAAAAACUUGGAGAAAUCAUCCUCUAAGCGGGAUGCCCUGGAAAAGGCCAUGAGAAACAAGCUGGAAGGAGAAAUUCGUCGGCUUCAUGAUUUCAACAGGGAUCUGAGAGAACGUAUGGAGACAGCCAACAAGCAGCUUGCGGAGAAGGAAUUUGAGGGGUCCGAAGACAAUAGGAAAACCAUCUCUCAACUCUUUGCUCAAAACAAGGAAACACAGCGGGAAAAGGAGAAACUGGAAAUAGAACUGGCUGCCGCCCGCUCCACAAACGAGGACCAGCGAAGACACAUCGAGAUCCGAGACCAGGCCUUGAACAACGCUCAGGCCAAGGUGGUGAAACUGGAGGAGGAGCUCAAAAAGAAGCAGGUCUACGUCGAGAAGGUGGAGAAGAUGCAACAGGCCCUGGUUCAGCUGCAGGCGGCGUGUGAGAAGCGGGAGCAGCUGGAGCAUCGGCUGCGCACCCGGCUGGAGAGGGAGCUGGAGUCCCUGCGCAUGCAGCAGCGCCAGGGAACGUCUCAGACGGCCAACGUCUCGGAGUACAACGCCACGGCGCUCAUGGAGCUCUUGCGCGAGAAGGAGGAGCGGAUUCUCGCUCUGGAAGCGGACAUGACCAAGUGGGAGCAGAAGUACCUGGAGGAGAGCGUGAUGAGACAGUUUGCUCUGGAUGCAGCUGCAACUGUGGCUGCUCARAGGAAUCGGUCCUCGCUGAAGUCAUGUGAGAUGGGGGACACGACAGUGAUCAACCACUCGCCUAACCCUAGCUAUGACACCUCGCUGGAAGCUCGCAUUCAGAAGGAGGAGGAAGAGAUCCUGCUGGCCAACAGGAGAUGUCUUGACAUGGAGGGCAGGAUCAAGACUCUGCACGCGCAGAUCAUCGAGAAGGACGCCAUGAUCAAAGUCCUGCAGCAGCGCUCCCGCAAGGAGCCGGGUAAGACAGACCAGCUCUCCUCGAUGAGACCCGCCAAGUCGCUCAUGUCCAUCUCGAACGCUGGCUCGGGCUUACUGUCCCACUCAUCAACGCUGAGCAGCACUCCCAUCCUGGAGGAGAAGAGGGAGGACAAGAGCUGGAAAGGCAGCCUUGGUGUUCUGCUGGGAACAGAAUAUCGCUCCGAAUCCAUUCCCUCCACCCCCUCGCCAGUCCUUCCUUCCACCCCCUUGUUGUCAGCACACUCGAAAACAGGCAGCAGAGACUGCAGCACGCAGACUGACCGGGGCAGUGAACAGAGCAAAGCUACAUCUUCAGCGGCAGCUCCCACCCCAGCACGGCUCCCCGGGAGCAGCCUGACCUACAAUGCAGACAAAACAGAUGGGCCGCUCUUCCACUCCAGCACUCUCGAAAGAAAAGCCCCUGUUCAGAGCGUGGGGCAGGACCUCCCAGAUGGAGAGAUGGUAGAAUACCUCAUCUGAAAGGCUGAACUGGGAUCUGAGCUGGGAUACAAUAGCAAGAAUUUUUUUUUAAAAGACAUUUUUAUUGGGAAAAUUUGUAGUGAGUAAUAAAAGAACACUCAGUUGUUUGCUCUUGUAUAUUAUGUCUCAAAAGUAUGGACAGGUUAAUUUAUAAUUUGUUCUAAAUUAUCAAACCCCUUAACACUUGUUCUUUGAAAGUUUCCCUGCUUAUUUUUAAAAUAUUGGAUCUGGUAAUGUCUGGAGAAAAAAAAAAAAAAAAAAGAUGGUCUUAGGUGCACUACAUUUUAUAUAUCAUUUCAGUAUUUUUUAAAGUCUUGUCUUUUAAAAACAAGCAAAAGUAUCUGCUCUGAGUAGCUGGUUAAUUGUCUAGCUUGAAGCUGGUAAUGGCCUUACAGUGAUCAGACCUGAAUGUGGGCCCUGGUUGUGAGCAUCACUUAUGGCUUCAGAGUACAGGUAUUCUGAGGAGCUUUUAUAACCUUCUGAGCUACAUCAAGGAGGACUUGUCUUAACCCACAAUGUGAGAAGUCAAAAUAGGUAUUUCAUAUUCACAGGCUGGAAAGACUUCUAUUUUCAGAGUGCUGACUUUUUUUUAGUUCAGAAAUUGUGAUAUUUCGUCACAGAAAAUACAACUCCAGUGAUUGAUGUCGUGUUUGACAUUUUUAGUUGCAUCAGAAGAUUUGUCAUACUUCCAUGCACAAAUACUUUUUCAAUAAUUUAUAGAGUUGUUAAUAAAUUUCAUUCAUGCCUUGCAUAAAAAGAGCAGUGUACAGGCUCAGUCCUGAUCUCUGUUAGAUCCAGUUUUCUGCCAGUGUAAUCCCACUGGCUUAGUGGAAUCACUCCAAAUUUACAGUAGUCUAAGUGGCAAGCCCCCUUGCUUUUCAUGUUAGUGAAUUGUUCUGCCACCUCUGUGGUUUAGCAGAUCUUCCUCUAUUUCAAAUCUCCUUCUACCUUGUAUGUGCCUCAUUCKUGGAGAUAGUAGAUUCUUUUUUUCGUUUUCUUGUCCCUCAGAGCUAGAACUUUUAACGGCAGCUUUGGAUAAAGUUUCAUGUGGCAAGUUGUGGCCUUCCAGAAUAUUAUUCAUCAUCUGGCUGGAGAGAGCAACCAGAAUCAUUAAAGAAGAUACUUUCACAUUUUAGUGAUCCCUUUCUCUUUCAGAUUCUUGGGGAUUAGCACAAAUGCUGCAAUACUCUGGAUGCAAAUGUUCUAAGGAGGUAUUACAACCAAUGCAAGUAAAACUUUGAGGGCUUUUUCGUAGUGAAUUUGCAUUACUAAAACAUUCCAAAAUUGAUUUCUACUAAAAAAUACUGUUUUUUAACUUGAAUGUUAAAAUGCUUAAUUGGCCAGUGGUCACAUCUCAGGAACCUGGCUAGUCUCAACUUUCUUUGCAUCAUUAGAGUAGGCAGAUUUUGGACCCAGAAAUUUCGUUCCAGAAAUAAGGAAAACAAGCAAUUAAUCAUCCAACAGCUACUGAAUGUACUCAGUUCUUACUGAGUUGACACCAUUGACACGGUGUCCAUUUGAAAUGGCCUUACCAGAUCAACAGAUACAACAGGAAUCUUCCUGUGAAGGGUUGGGAGGUGAAAGGAGAAAAGUGCCUUUUCCUUUUCUGUCCGCCGCUCAGGUGCCUUAACAGUGCCCUACAGAGCAGCUGUGGCUUGGAGUCCGUUUGUCUUUGGAGGUAACUCCUCUCAAAAGCAAAACAAACAAUUCCCAUCAAUUCCAGCAGAUUUGAGCCUUUUUGCUCUUCAGCCCAUAUUCCUAGACGCACGGGAGGCAGAGAUGGCAAAAUGUGUAAGUAACCUCUUUACUGAGGACCUCUCUAACAGACAGAGCAGAGCUCCAUCCCUCACCGCUGCCUAAGGCACUUCAGAGCGUCACUUUAAGGCUUAGACUGUCUCUGUCAUAGGGGCCACCAUCUUCCUGAGCAGUGUGGUUGACCUUCCCUGAGUAUAUUCUAGUAAUUUGUCUGAACUAGUUCCUCAUUCUUUUCUGGACAAACUGAUAACAGGCAUUUUGUUCUCAUCCCUGAGAACAACUUACGUUUAUUUCUGUUGGCUUAAUUCCGUCCCAUUAUGUGUAGUAAUGCCCACUCUGGACAAUUUGAAGUGAUUUCUUUUCCUCCUCCACAGUUGUCGGAAAUGCAGGAAAAUCUUUUCCCAUUAGGUCACUGUGUCCAUCUCCACUGCCAUUUCAGGAUCAUUUUCUCUAUUGCUUUGGGCUUCAGAUGAAUAGAAAGGGAGAUUGAGUGCCUGUGGGAUAUAUGUGUUUAUGUGCCUGCCUGCCAUGGAGAGCAAGGUGUUUGAGUGUUUUUCUGGUCUUUUACAGCUGGAAAAGCUCUGCUCCAUCUUUGCAAUUGCUUUUCAGCAGUAAGAAAGGAGUUUUACAUCCGUAGAGCUCCAGACAACCUGCUCCGACUCGGUUGAUCCGUGUUAAUCCUAAAACAAGUAGGAAAAACCUGGACUGUUUACUGAGAAUCUAUUUCGGAAAACUGAUUUCCGCAGCAGGUAUUGACUGUUCAACUGGACUAGCUUAAAAAUGCAUCUAUUCUUCUUGCAGCUCAUUGGUCCCAAACUGAAUUCCACCAUAAUCUACUUUUACAAAGGAAGAAGUAUAUAAUGGCUUUCUGUGAAGAAAAUACAGCAAUUACCUCCUCCAGCAAUGGGAGCCGGGAGGUCUCUGGUAGUACAAGCUGUGGGGGAUCACACAGCGACCUUAGCAGUUCCUAGACCAGUGCAAGUAAAAUUGAAARGAGAUAUCAGUUUUACACUGCUCUGCUCAGGUUCUGUGUCCUACUUUUUAGUUUUGGUUUCUUCCAAAGUUAAGUUCCCCUCCCCAGAUCUCUUGCCAUGAAGUCUGAACUCAUCUUCCUCUGCAGACAAACUGGGAGCCUGCACGAAACGUAGUCAUUCCUUGGAUCUUCCUCAAAGCCAUCCUGAUGUGAAUGUAAAAGAGCUGCUUGCUUUGAGGAAGGUAUGUACCRUAGUCUUUGGUCUUUCUGUACAGGUUUUUAUGUCGUUUUUAAGCAGAAACUGUUAUAAGGAGAUGAACUGCACACCUAGUUCCUUUUUCUUCUGUAGAGCUUGUUUCUAGUAGAAAGUAAUCUUUAACAAAACAUGAUUGCAAUGACCUUCUUCGCAAACCAAAACUUUAGACCAAGAGUUUUUCUUAAACUCGGGUAUUAGGAGCAGAAUUGUAGCUUUUAUAAAGAAAG